AUGUGGGGUGAUGGGCAGAGCACAACCACGUUUUGGAGCGGGAGCCGGAUCGACCAGAUUUGUACAAAUCGGGUUUUCUCUGUCCCGGACCUGCCAGCUCACCAUCGGUACAAGUCAAGGCCGGAAACUUCAAGUCAUCAUCCGCGUGAGCGGCGCAGGAUACAACAUACGCUUCCAAAGAUGACGACGUACGAAGUGCCCGUGGAUUUCCGUAACAUCAAAGACAAAACCAUUCUGAUCACUGGCUGUUCUACGGGGAUAGGUCGCGCAACCGCGAAGCUUGCAUAUGAGCAUGGCGCUAAACUUGCGCUGGCUGAUUGGAAUGAAGUUGAAGCAAAGAACCUGUUAGCAGAGCUUAGGAAUACAGACCGCCUACUUUUCUACAAGACCGAUGUGUCCAAAUGGGAUAACAUUCUCCAGGUGUUCCAAGGAGCAUGGAAGAAGUUUGGAAAGAUCGAUGCCGUAAUCUCCAACGCCGGGAUCAACCAGGAGAACCUCCUGGACGAAGAAAUCGACGAGGCAACGGGGAUGUUAAAGGCCCCGAGUUUGAAGAAUCUCGAGGUCAAUCUGGUCGCUCACAUAUAUGUCGUCAAAUGCGCCGUCCAUUAUUUCGCAAAAGCCCCUGGGAAGCGGUCGCAAAUCAUCAUGACGGGAUCGGCGGCGAGUUAUAUCGACACUUCACCCCUGUAUCAGUACUGCGCGGCAAAGGCCGGACUUCUAGGGCUCAUGAGAGCAUUUCGAACGCGACUGAUAUCCAAAAACAUCACCAUCAACAUGAUAGCCCCCUGGAUGACAAUAUCACCGAUGUUGCCGCAAGCUAUUGUAGACAUGUGGGGCACUCUGCCUGCCAACAGUCCCGCGGGAGUCGCGCAUGCACUGCUGCUCCCCGUCGUCGAUGAAAGCAUCAAUGGCAAGGUAUUCUUCGUGGCCGGGAACAAGAUCACGGAGCUGGAGGAUAAGAUUCACGAAUGUCAGCACAUAUGGAUGGGCGCGCAGCUGAGCGAGGAUGUAGAUGAAGGGCAACGGCGACUAGUCCCAGCGGGCAUUCAUCCCGAACAAAAGUGA